AUGGGAAUUGCUGUCCUCGAAGUUGCCACAAAACCAUUUGCUGGUCAAAAGCCCGGACCAAGUGAAUUUCAACAACAACAUUAUACCGAAAACUUCAUUCAAGCAACAAUUGAUGCAGGUCUUGGAGCGAAAAAACGUGGAUCUCAAUUAGUUGUUGGAGGAGAUGGUCGAUUCCUUUUAAUUGAAGCAACGGUUACCGAAUAUGUCAAAUUAAUGCAAAGUAUUUUCGAUUUCUCAAAGGUAUACUAGAGUUUUUUUGUUGAAAUUUCGAAAAAAAAAUUCAGAUCAAAUCUCUUUUAUCUGGAGAUUUAUCCGAUGGAAAGAAAUUCCGAGUUCUUCUCGAUUCAAUGCACGGAGCAACAGGUCCUUAUGUUUCAACAAUUCUUGCCGAUAUUCUUGGAGCUGAUUCGAAGGAUCUUUUGAGAACUGUUCCAAAACCAGAUUUCGGUGGUGGUCAUCCUGAUCCAAAUCUUACUUAUGCUAAAGCACUUGUCGAUCAAUUAAAAAAUGGAGAACAUGAUCUUGGAGCUGCUUUUGAUGGAGAUGGUGUAAGUUUUUUUGUUUGA